AUGGAAUCUGUAAAUAAAUGCGUCAUAGGAACAAAAAUAUUUAUUAAAGAUAAAAAUAAAUGUGAUUCCUAUAAAACUUUGGUUGAUAAAAAUAUAUUGCAAACAAAAAAUGAGUUGAAAUAUGGAAGAGUAUUAGCAGAGGGUGAGAUAACAGGAAAAAAACAAAGUAACGCUGAAGGAUGUCUAAAAGAAUGUCCAUUAGAUAAUAAGAAAAACAUAUGUAAGGAUCCGGAUCUAUACAAGGAUCCGUUCAAUUAUUAUCGUAAGGUCAUGAUUCCACAAUUUUCGAAGCGAUUUAAUAAAGAAACAAAUGAAAUGGACCCUAAAUCGAAAAGCCUAAAAUGGAAUGCUUAUUGGAAUGAAAUUUCAACUACGAAAGUUAGAGAUCUAUAUUCAAUAUCUCGUCGACGUAAUAUUCGAGAUGAAGAAAAAAACAAAAAAAUUGAUAUUAUUAUGAGAGAACUUGACUCAGAAUUUGAGAAAUUUUUAUGCGAAUGUAAGAAGGAGAUGACAGACAAUAAAACAGAAUCCGAAUCUAAUAAAGUGAUGAGAGAUAAUAUAACAGAAUCCGAAUCUGAGGAAGAGAUGAGGGAAAAUAAAACAGAAUCCGAAUCUGAAGAAGAGAUGAGGGAAAAUAAAACAGAAUCCGAAUCUGAAGAAGAGAUGAGGGAAAAUAAAACAGAAUUCGAAUCUAAGAAAGAGAUGAGAGACAAUAAAACAGUAUCCGAAUCUGAGAAAGAGAUGAGAUACAAUAAAAUCGAAUCCGAAUCUAAGAAAGAGCAGGGAACAAAUGAAAUAAGAAAUUAUAAAAAAAAAAUUUGGCAAUUACUUAUUGUUUUGAUAAUCUUAGGGAGAAUAUAA